AUGGGCCGUUCGGUGUUGUGCGAAGCAUUCGUAGAGGAGUACCUGCGAGCCCUCAGUCGCAAGGCAGGAAUAUGCAUGGGUCUGCUCAUUGGACAACCGUCUGCUGGUGGCAAGGAUUACAUUUUGCAUGCCAACCGAAUCCCGGGCCAAGAUGAGGAGGACAGCGAUGAGAUGAACAAAUUGGACGCAACCGUGGCAUCUCAGCAUGCACUCGAUACUACGAGGAUGCUCCCUGGAGGAAUGAACGUGCUUGGCAUCUUUGUAAUCCAUCCGAAGAACGUGUUCCAGGAUGCCACAUUGCUAUCGUCGGUUAAGUUUAUUUUAAUGAGUUUAAAGGCAACGUUUGAUGCUAAUCCAUUGCUCAUGGGAACAUGCGAUGAGUUCGAAAAGGAUGAAAAGCUAGUACUGUACUACUCGGCCAGCAGUAAAACUCACAUCUGCAAAACGGUUACUCUGGCGGCGGACAAUCCUACCGUGCAACCAUGCGAUUGGAAGUUUGUUGAGCGCCUGACGACCUGGCAUAAGCUGAAUGUCUUUUUCGAAACGGACGAUGUAUAUCCCCUGAAUCAGAGUACCGAUCGCGAGCAAUACGACACGGAGGCGAACCUCACGCAGUGUGCCAAGAGGCUCAAGGAGCAACUAGGAGGCGCAAAGAUUCUAUUCGAUGGGGCUCCCAAACUGAGCGGCGAUACCGUGGAAGGCGUGCUGACGAUGAAAAAUCAGGACAAGUUCCUGGUAAACAUCUACCUUCCGUCGGCGACCGAACUUUCUCCAAAAGAAACCCAGAUAGAGCAUUUCAAAGGGACGCUUAAAUUCGAUGGUAUUGUUAGCUCCCAAAUUUACAUCCAUUCGCGAUGCACUUUUGGUGAAGCGGAGCGCUUCAUCGUUGCUGAUAUUGUUCGUUCGCUUAUGUCGCGCAUUCAAAUUCACUGUGAUUCGUUGGUUCAGACUGAAGAUACGCCGCAGGAUAAGAUCACGCUGAACGAGUUGCCGCGUCGCAUUUACUUUCCGCUGCGGAACCAAGGAGGAUUUCCGGUGCAUUUCAGCGAUUACCUAUUCCCGGAGGAAGCCGUGGAAACACCGUUAAGCCGGAUUUGCGAAACCCUGGACGUUAGGCUCUCGGCGCGAGACCUGAACUGUAAUGUCGAGCUAGUGCCUGUUGUGAAGGAGGACGAACGUCCGAACGAGGACGUAUGGCGUCCUGCAAAAACGGAUGAUGAUUUUGACGGCAAGCUAAACCUGCCUGUGGUCGGCGGGCUACUGGCAAUUCUCGUAGCGCUGAUAGCCUAUUUGGUGUACUAUUACAUGAUGUGAAUUGAACAUUUUGCCUUUCACCUUACAUCUGUCCAUUGCACAGGUAUAUAUUGUAUGAAUGUUGGAUGGAAUGACAUAAA